AUGUGGAGACAGGAUUCUUACGACCUCCAUACACUAUCACCCUCCACACACCCUGUGCGAGUGCUUGCAGCGCGGAUAUAUUCUGCAAUAGCCGAAGCAUCCACUCAUAGCGCACCUCCAGUCUUCCAGGAGGUUUCUGGCUAUUCUUUUCCAGGAGGCAACGUAUUGGACGACUUGAAGCAUGAUUGGAUCCGCACUACUACCUUCUACUGCUACGACCAAGCUUGGAUGCAAUAUGUCUGCGGCAACCACCUCUCGUUCCUCAGUCACGUACACGCCACCCUGGUUUAUCAAGAUCUUGACGAGGGCUUGUUAUACGAGAGUGAUCUUACUGUAUACGCGAAAACAAAGGUCCUGGGGCUAUUUCGUGGCCCCCUAAACACCGACGACACCACCAUCAUUAGCAUACUUUACAUGCUUAUCAGCGAAAUCGGGAGUCCUGACGAGGACGCAUUCAGCGUACACCAGGACGGCUUAGUGACCUGUUUGAGGAACCAACAAGACGCAUUAGGCCCAAACAUUGCGACGUUUAUGACUUUGGUGAUGCUCACCUUUGCCAUCUGUCGAGGGAAAGAUGAGUCCACAGAACUCACACCACAGUUGUCUUCUGAGGCUUGGCUUGACAACAACGAUCUUAUCCCGCCGCUGUCGGCUCGUCAAGUGCACGCGCCGCCUCUAUACCAAACCUGCUCCGCAGCUUCGACUGAUAUCAUCUGGAAAAUGCAGAGGUGUACGAGCACCUUCUUGGCGAGAUGGAAUCAUAAAGGAGAACCACAUAUGAUCUCAAGCGGACAGUUGACGUCAUGCGACGCAGAAUUGCAAAACAUAUACUCGGAUCUACUUUUACUGCCUUCAGCCGAAGACGAUCAGACAUCAGAUUGGAUCUACGAAAGCUGCCGAAUCGCUGCCUUGAUCUACUGUAGAUCGAUAGUUCAAGGUGCAACACUUGCGGACUCGGCAAACAUCAUGCAUGCGAGCAUAUCGGGUUCUAGCUCUGGAAGCGGUACCCUCCUUUCAGCUCUGCACUCUGCCCUUAGAAAAACCGAUGUUCAAACCUGCUGGGGCAUUGAACUGUCUAGCGUUUUCCUCUGGGUAGCCCUAGUAGGUGCAGCGGCAUCAUGGUCACCACCGCGCUCCUCUUCGGAAGAAGUGUUGCAAGCAUCAGCAUGGAUGAGGAAAUCCUUCGCGCUAUAUGCAAUUAGAGCAGCAGUAACAGUCCCUUUCGAUUACGCCGACGCUACCAUUCACGUCUUGCGUACGAUGUUGCAGGUCCAGCGAUACAUCGCCAUCAGAACAGGUUCCAUCCAGGCUCACUAA